AUGCAGGCCACUGCCUCAUCAACUAUGGCCAGAUACUUAGACUUUGACCCACCACUGACACACGUUAAACGCGGCAACGGAAGUAACGUCGACGUCGCGUAAGUUCCUCUCAAUAUACGCGGAUUCAUACAAUAGGCACCACUAUACCUAGCGGACACUGGUGAGCUUGAUCACCUCCAACUAUCCAACUUCGGUAUGCUAAACACAUAGUUUCUAUAAAAAAGUGGAUGAAGAGGAGGAUUUCAUUUUCUUUUACUUCCUUCCGCAUUUUAUUUACUGACGUUUUAUGCAUUGUUCUUUAUAGCUCACUUCAAGUCUGGAUGAAUUUUCAAACAUGCUCUACAAGUGAGAAGAUUAAAUUGUUAUGUGCAGUAGUGCGUCUAUAAUUUAUAAUUUCGAAGCCAUCCCAAUAAUAUUUCCUGUAGCGUGACGGUAAAUGUAAAUUAAGUAAUUUUCGGCGAGGAAAUAAGACAAAAAUAGAUACUGCAAUUUAGCUGCCGCCAUGUGUUUUGACAGAGAGCAUGGACGGGUAACAGUCAGGUCCACAGUGUCCCUUUCACUUUUUUAGGUCUUUUGGCAGAUUUGCGUAAUUCCUCUUACCCAACUGGGCUAAACUCGAAAGUAUGGGUAGGGUUCGCACGCACGACAGAAAGUGCAAGGUUUGCGUACUGUUGUGGCAGUCCGCGCCUCCUUGCUCUCCGCCGCUUUGUCAUACCGUCCUCCUGCCCGCUCUCACCUCCUGUAGAUCCGCUGCCGGGGCGCGCGAGGCUUUUCUGUAGCCUCGCGAGUGCUCGAAGCCUAUCAACACUGCCCCUUCCUCUGAGUGGUUGGCGGCCGCUGAUGCAGAGCGAAAGUCGGACACCCGCACUGAGGUCUAGAAGUAGGGAUGCAGACGCAGAUGCAGACCUCCUUGUGUUUUCUACUCUGUCUGAACUCCAACCCCUCCUCCCGUCGUUCUAAAUAACCCCUAAUCUUCCCCUUAGGUCACUACCUUGCGUUCUUAUUGGAGGUUGAAUAGGAGGGCUUCGGCACUUAGCACGGUAAGGCCGCUUACAUUUGCACCUCAAAGGCGAACACAACGCAGCUUGCCUGGAGAGACCUGUCGCGGCGACUGCUUGCAGAGCCUUUGUGUACGCGCUUCUUCAGCAGUUAAAGUUAUCCAUCUUCCCUAACUUCUGAUUUCGGAAUCUCUGUGUUUUCGACCAUACCAGUCCGACACUGGCACUUUACUCCAUGACCAGAGAGCAGAUCGGACACAAGCAUGUGUUAACCUGUGCUGCAGCUUCAACAAUCAAGGACAUACGUUGGAGUUGGAUAGGUAACUCGUAAGCUAAUCCCUGACACGCCUACGUCAAUCGGGCGGAUCAAGACAGUACCGAAAACUGGCGUGGUCGUGAUCUGACUGAGCAUAUUCUGGAAGUAUUUACAGUCAUUUUUAGUAUGCAUUUAUUUCUCGGAAACCAUAACUUAGACACGCCUAUUGAACCUGAAAAUACAGCCUUUUCUAACUUCGGCAAAAUGUGCAUGUUGAAAGCCAUAGCCAGAAAUGCCGAUCGCUGAGUAAAAGAGAAAUCCUCUCAUCCGCCAAGAUAAUGGCCCACUUCGGAAACAAAACUAGCCAAGAGUUGAUUGAAACCUAGGCCAGGAUGAGAACCCAGUCAAUCGAUGUAUCGAUCUGGCGCCGACAUGUAGAGUCCUGAGCCGCCACUCCGAAACUCGUCAUUGAUCGUUGAUUGGCAAAUACACCCUAUAACAGUCGCCUAUUUUGUUGUCACUUUUAUCACGGACGAUGGACUCCAGCACGAGUUCGAAAGUUCGGUCACAUAAACAAAGCGCUCCGGUGCUUGCUCAUACGUAUACCUUGAAUUCGAAUGUAAGCCUUCAUUCGCAACAACUCCUAUCAGACAGCAAAAUCAUCUCAGCCAAUUUAACCGAGAGUCUUGUCCUCCUCUGUCUGUGCAUCUAGUGUUAUUAUAAAUUUGCUAAUAAAGUAAGAAACAUUAUUUUAUCUUGAAGCAUUUUAUCCGACUGUUUUUGUCCCUGGAAAAGCGACGGAAUCUUCCAGUAGAAAUACUUCGUUAGGUGAGGAGCUUCGAAGCUUUUUACAUUUAAGUUGCCCAACGUUGUCUUUUUUCAGUAUUGUAAGGGAUGGAACUGUUGCUUUUUGGACAUAGGUUGUCUCCGAAUUUACCUCGACCACAGGCGAACUCAUAAACCUUGUCGGAAGACGACCAAUUUCUGCAUUGCCCGAAAACAAUUAUAAACAUACCAUGCGUGACCUAUCUCAUGAAAUGUUGGCCGAAAUUCUGAAAUGCGUCUUCCAUUAGGAAGGAUUACCUAGGUGGGGUUGUAAUAAUGAUGAGUAUACAACAUAAGCCUAUAGCAUUUCGGACUCACCAGAAUGUCGGCUUUUGGAUGCACUCCUUUUUGGCCUUCUGCAGAAACCGUACUUUGUAAAAAAUGACUACUUAAGUAGCAUGCACUUUUCCUUUUUAUUUUCGAUGAUGUUGUAUAUUCAACGAUAUUUUAUAGAAAACAUGCACAAAAAUAUGCUUUCUUUUAAUACUUUGGUAGAAAAACACAUUGUGUUGAUAUUUUAUACACAAAGAAAGUGCAUAUUUUGGCUUUUAGAAAGUUCCUAAUUAUGAGAUUUUUAAAACCGUGCGAUGUCCAUGCAAACAGGACCGCACAUGUCCGUUUACCAAUGUUUCUAAUGAAAUGCACAACACAGUCCGGACCCAUUGCGAAAUUUUAAAGACUCUAUGUGGUACCUUCUUAAAGGCAAAGAGAAAUAUAUGAUUCUCCUUACGCGGAAAGCAUGCACCUUGUAGACUGAAAUCGCAAAACGCUUAUGCAGUGGCACAUCAGGCACAACAUUUUUCGAGGUUUGGAAAAUUUUAAAACCUAAAUAUACACUUCCUUUUGGUAGAAAAUAUCAAAAAUGUGAUUUUCUACCAAAGGAGUAAAAGAAAGCAUAUUUUUAUGCAUGUUUUCUAUAAAAUAUAUUUGAAUUUAUAAGGCCAUCGAAAAUCAAUAGGAAAAAUGCAUGCUGCUUAAGAAGUCAUUUUUCGCAAAGUUCGGUUUCUGCAGAAGGUCAAAAAAGAGUGCCUCCAAAAGCCGACAUCCUAGGGAGUCCGAAAUGCUAUAAGCUUCUGCUGCAUACUUAUCAUUAUUACAACCUCACCUAAGUAAUCAUUCCUAAUCGAAUACGCAUUUCAGAAUUUCGGCCAACAUUUCAUGAGAUCGGCCACGCACUGUAUGUGCACCGUGACAUCCAGUGGUUCGCAUUAUCCCCAGCCUCAUAUAACGGAAAGAGGUAAAAUGUCGAUAGGAAACGGUUGGUCUCAGCGUAACGUCUCGUUUAUUACAUUUAUUCCAAUAAAGUCCGGCCGCGCUUUUCAGUGUUGUAUUUUUUCCUUCAGACUUGAUAAGUCUCCUCUUGGUGACCCCCUGGGAAAUUUGAUGUAUUACUAAUAAAAUGAAAGACAAUAAAAUGUAAAACACCUUGAGAAAACACGCAAGUUUCCGACAAAUUCUGAAGGAUCUGCAGAGUUUCUUUCAACAUUGAACCCACAGAGGUGGGCAAUAUGUAGCAAACUCGUGAUAACUGGAGGCGUUUUGAUCAUUCCCUCCGUAGAUGAAUUUGGACUGAUUCAUAAAUAAUAUAACUUUGUUUUGCAUAUUUAUGACAUUUUUCAGUCAACGUUUACUGGCCUGGAUAAUAGUGAAUGUACACUUAUACAGCAACACAGAAGUAAUUUCGCUGUUUUUCUGUGAUAGUGCAAUGUAAACUAUAAAAGAUUACUUAUUUGCCUCCGACUGCCUGUACGAUAUAGUAAAUCAGGUUUCUCACGGACCCUCUUCUAGUCGGGGAGGGAAGAUUUCUGGCUGAUGACCUUUUGUUUAGGCCAUAUAGGAAAUCUAAUUAUGCGUUGCUGAAGGCAUAGUAACGGCUGAAUACGGUUAGCAUCAGUUUCCCGACGUCAUUAAAUUUUCUUAAGAACGAAAAUAGAAAUAUCAUUAUAGCACUAAUGUUUGAUCUGUGUUUGGGUCAGCACGCCGCUCAUUGUGAGCACCCGUUCUUUUUUGCUCCAAUACGUGCACGCUCUAUUUGCGCACGCAGAAUAGGCCAUGCUAAUUAAAUUGGAUUAGUUUCAUUGCAUCUGUUGGAGAAAACCUACCCAACAGAUGGGCCUGGUGAGCAACCAGCAAACACAUGAUAUUGUGUGUCAGGCGGGUUGUUACCAGUGUGUCAGCUCAGGAUAUCGAUUUUCGGGCAUUUAAAUCUCAUUAGACUCUAUGUCGGCGCAUACACGCUCCCAGCGUUGUCUGCCGUCCUCUUAGCACUCUCGCGUUCUUUUCCAGAUGCUUGCUGGUCUUGGUGACGAGGCUGACUUAUCGUCGAAGCACCUCGUGUAGACGCAAAUUACAGUCAGUUAGUCAUCUCUAUACACACAUCUAGAUCACGCCUAACUAGGGUGCAACCUUAAUCAUGCCAACUAUGAUCCGGAAAUUUUGAGCCUAUGAGCGGUGGAUUUCAGGCUAGGAGCUGCUCUGUGACAACGUAGAGAACUCUGGAGGCAUUAGUCAUGUGUGAGUUAUUUAGACAUUUGUGCGAUUAGUAAGAAGUGGAUUGACAGCAUAGCAUGUUAGGGGAGUGACUUUAUAAAUUGCUCUGUUCCAAGCUACAACUGUCUGUUUGGCGGGAAGAAAUGUGCGAAACAGAGGGCUUUAUUCUGCCACAAAGGAAAGGCCGAGCCCACAAAGUCUACUAAUCAGCAUGUAAGUAUAUUUUUAAAGGGCCCGUCUUCCUGAAAUUACCUGCCAAAACGCAAUCAAAUGUCCUAAUAUAGGUCAAUUUUGGUCCACUUAUUUCCUGUAUUGAAGACAGUCAAAAACAACCUUCGAAAUUGCCCUGUGACGCGUGCUCAUGCAGUGUAUUAAGCCCUUCGCUUAAAGGUGAUCAGUCUACACAGGACGCAUGGGAAUUCUAUGAACAGUUCAUUCAAUGUUGAUAGAGAAGGCCCUAUAUAGUCGAAAGUUAAAAUCCACGCACGCUUCUCCCAAAGAAAUCAUUGAACCAGCAAAAGCCCUUUUGUAUCAUUUCCCUAGAAAAUCGUGUAUUCCAAAUGCCACAUAGACCUUCUGAAGUUAAAUGCUUUCGAUAGUUCUUGUCUGUCCAAAGAACAUUUUGCCGGAAAUAUUAAUAUGUCUUUUUCCUACCAUUUAAUAUUGACAAAUUCCACUGGCGGAAAACCAUUGCCAGCCCGAUCUAAAUCCAGUCCAAAUGGCCGCGUUAUGCAAACAUUUCCGCGGCCACUGUAACUUCCUUAAAUCAUUGUAUUCAUAGAAAGUCGAAACUGAAUUGCUGCUGUCACAGCCGAUCACUAAUUUAAGGAAAAUAGGGGAAGUAGUCAGGAGCCGACAAAACGUCAGGAUUGCUUAUAGUCCUUUGACCAUUAAAGGACGUUCCACGGCGAAAACCAAAUCAAGUGAAAUAAACCAACCGAUGCUAACCGUUUUCAGCCGUUGCUCUGCCUUCCCCAACGCAUAAUUAGAUAAUGCAUUUUCCCCCUGGCCACACAGAAAAUGGUUGAGUAAAAUUGCACUAAUCUGGCUCUCCUACUUCACAUGUUUCGUUGAACGGAAAUGCGACGCUUUUGCACACACUAACAUGCUAGCUAGAAAAUGCCGAAAAUUACAAACUAUCAUGGUGCCAUGAAAAAAAUCUGUUUUGAAAGGAAAAAGGGGCGAUAACAACCUAAAGUCAGUUUCCAACAUCUUAAACAAAUUAAAUAAAGCCGAAGGGUACCUAUUCCCGUGUUUCAACUCUAAUCGUAACCCUUGCCUUAGUCUUAACAGUGACCCUAACCUUAACCACCCUGAAAUUUAGCGUAAGGCCACUUGUACAACAUGUAGGUUUUGUUCCCGUGUUCUAACCCGGAAAGCAUGAAACCUAGAUAAACGUCCCAAGAAACUCAACGAAAACCUUCUCUGUAUGCUCUGUCAGUUGAGAAAAUGUGCACUUUAUCGAAAUAUAUUUCACGGUGUCUGGAAUUUAUUCAACAGUGGACAACCUUAAAAUAUAUCUCCUUUACUAUAUUUUGCCUAAGAAAGCACCUAUAGAAAUACUUUAUUUUUGGAACUUAAUUUAAUUAGAUAGUGCGGUGCAGUUGCACAUUCGUUCACCCAAGGACGUCCAUUACAAGCGCAGCCAAUCAGGUGACAUUCGAGUCGAACAGACGGAGAAAAUAAUGUCUUUAUUUCAAACAAGACGGCAAGCAUUUCCUAGACUAGAGGCAACAUUUGGGCAAUGACCUAACUUUUUUGGAUUUAUUAUGACAUUUGUUUAGACGAUAUUAUAUAGCUGAGAAUCAUAUUCUCUGUCUGUAUGUCGAAACUGAAAUUUAUUAUGAGCAGUUAUUAUCAUUCAUCGGGUCUCUGGUACCUGUAGACAUACAACCACUGCUGGCUGAACCGGUCAAGUGCAGACGCCCGUGGUGCCGAUCGAUGAAGUAAUUGAGCAGGCAAUUUCCCCAUAAAUUUAAAGUCAAGGUUUCAACUAACACAGUUUGCCAGCACUAGCUUAACACCAUAGUUUACCUAUCGGAAAAGAAGUUGACCACUACCACUCCAAGACGUUUAUGCAAAGGUAGCUUUUGCUUCACUUGCGAGAUACCGACGAAGCGGCAGGAGGCGGCGAUGAUCAAGUUGGGCAGUUAGUCUUCGCGUACAAAACGCAACCUGGUCUUCUACUUCGUGUGGCCAGACUUCAAAAAGGUGUUCUCGCUUUAGUAAGCCAUGCACAUGCUGCCAUACAGUGUUUCAUCCAUCAAAACACCGUUGCCAGGUUGCAUCACCUGAUUGAUGCACGGACUAUGUGCGGUGUCUGCCGAUUGUUGAUGUGUGUUUGCGUGUGACAAAAAGACCUGUCCACUUUCUAAGUGGGGUUCUACAUGCGUGUAGAGGGAGUUGGGAAAGGGAGGCCUUUGCUGCCGUGCUAUUGCGUAGGAAGCGACCGAAGCUUAAAAAAUUUAUUCUUUCUGACAGGCUUUCGUCCGCUGCCGACGUCUUUGCCCCCCUGAAAACAUUAUCCGGACAACGGGUAUGUACAUUCUCAGGUUCAUGUUGAGACCGAUGGUGCAGUGA